AUGACGGCAGAUCAGAAUACAGUUGUCACAACCCCUCCUCAUUCCACGGAUGACGUAGAACGCGAAGAACAGGCAGCAGUGGAAUAUUCAUCGCGCCAUAACCGGUUCAAGGGGCUCAAAGUGAUCAACUUUAGGUUCACUAACAAAGUGCUUCAGAACGAAGUUGACGAAGCAAUCCUUAGUCUACAUAUCCAGGAGUUGGAAGCUAGAAAUAAUGUAACUUUAGUUGACGACCACUUCACUAUUAACAUACAAGUUAAUAGAGUUACCAGAAAUAGUCAAGGGAAUAAAGCGUCUGUGCCAUACGCAGAGAAUGCUGUGAAGUUGUCGAGAAAAGAUCUAAAGGUUGGCAAAUGGUUAAAGGUUAAUGUAACGAAUAUGGUUGCGGAAUUCUUCAGGUUGCCGAGAGAAAACCUGGCGAUAGUUGUGAGAAUACAAGACUCAAGGAAUAGGAUGAGCUUAGUGGUGCCGCAUCCGAGCUCGGAAUCAAAUAAUGCUUUGAUGCCAUAUAUAGAAGUAAGUCUAAAAGAUAAUUCGCACAAAAGAACGCGGCGGAUGAUCGGUAUGGAUUGCACCGAGGAUUUGAAAGAGGUCCGAUGUUGCCGAUACCCUUUGUCCGUGAACUUCGAGGAGUUCGGGUGGGACUGGAUCAUCGCUCCAAAGCAGUAUGAUGCAAACUACUGCAGCGGCGAAUGUCCUUACAGCUUCAUGCAAAAAUACCCUCAUACCCACUUAGUGCACUUAGCAGCACCUCAGGGAAGCGGGGGGCCUUGUUGUGCUCCAAGAAAAAUGAGCAGCAUCUCAAUGCUUUACUUCGAUCACGAUCUUAACAUCAUCUACGGAACUAUACCCGGAAUGGUCGUCGAAAGCUGUGGUUGCUCAUAGCAACUGUCAAAUGCCAGCUCCUGUUUUACCUUUACUCUGUUUAGACGUUUGAUGAUCUGAUUCUGAGUUCUGAUCUAACUUCUUGGUAUUUUAAUUAAAUGGGACUUUAAGUGUAGUGUCGUUUAAUGUGAUACAUUCUGUUGAAGACUGCGAACCCUUGUGCUGUGUGCCGUGAGUGUGACAUUGUACAUUUGUUUUUACUUUAGUACAUCUAGUUUAAAAUUCAUUUCAUACUUCAUGGUUUUGGAUUGAACCCUGUUUAGAUUACGGUCAGUUUACGUUUGUUCUGCUAUGAAAACUUGGUUUAAAUCUGAAAUUUCAAUAAGAUGUGACGAUAUAAAAUCUACUUAUACAUAAUAUAUAAUUUCUAAUGUCUAUGUAUGCGUGUGGUCGAAUAAUUAUUUAUAUAUCUUUAACGUACUUUAUAGAACACUCUAGAGUAUAUAAAGCCUUCAAUGGUUAGU